AAACGUGACAUGACAAAGACAAAAAACGUCAAAUCAAAGUCAACAUUCCGCUCAUGUUAUGGACACAAUUGCAAUGGCGCGGGGGCGCCAGCAGGGGCGCUGUUGCCUGCUUGAAUAGCCAUAAGCGGGGGAGAGGUGCAUGAAAUGGAGAAAAAUGGCGGAUCAUGUGCAGGGCCUCGCCCAGCUGGAGAUCCUGUGCAAGCAGCUUUAUGAGACUACGGACACGGCCGUGCGGCACCAGGCGGAGAAGGCUCUUGUGGAGUUCACCAACAGUCCAGACUGCCUCAGCAAGUGUCAACUGCUGCUGGAAAGAGGAAGUUCGUCGUACUCUCAGCUGCUGGCCGCCACCUGCUUGUCCAAACUUGUGUCCCGGACCAGCAACCCUCUGCCCCUCGAGCAACGCAUCGACAUCCGGAACUAUGUGCUGAACUACCUGGCCACGCGGCCAAAGUUGGCCGCCUUCGUGACGCAGGCACUUAUCCAGCUCUACGCCAGGAUCACCAAGCUGGGCUGGUUUGACUCUCAGAAGGACGACUACGUCUUCAGGAACGUCAUCGCCGACGUGACGCGCUUCCUGCAGGACAGCGUGGAGCACUGCAUCAUUGGCGUCACCAUCCUGUCCCAGCUGACCAACGAGAUCAACCAGGUGAGAGCGCCGUCCUCGCCGGGCCUGGCUCGACGCCACUUGUGCACGUGGUCAGAACGCCGUGUAUUGUCUCCACAGGCGGACACGACGCACCCGCUGACCAAACACAGAAAGAUAGCCUCGUCCUUCCGAGACUCCUCCCUCUUUGACAUCUUCACACUCUCUUGUAACCUCCUCAAGCAGGCGUCCGGGAAGAACCUCAACCUGAAUGACGAGUCCCAGCACGGCCUGCUGAUGCAGCUGCUCAAGCUGAGCUACAACUGCCUCAACUACGACUUCAUCGGCACGUCCACUGACGAGUCGUCCGACGACCUCUGCACCGUGCAAAUCCCCACGUCGUGGCGAUCAGCGUUCCUCGACUCUUCCACCCUGCAGCUCUUUUUCAACCUGUACCAUUCCAUCCCGCCUUCGCUCUCUCCACUGGUGUUGUCAUGUCUAGUUCAGAUUGCAUCUGUCAGGAGGUCGCUGUUCAACAAUGCAGAGAGGGCAAAGUUUCUCUCGCAUCUGGUGGACGGCGUGAAGAGAAUACUGGCUAACCCUCAGUGUCUGCCUGACCCAAACAACUACCACGAGUUCUGUCGGCUGUUGGCGAGGCUGAAGAGUAAUUACCAGCUGGGUGAGCUGGUGAAGGUGGAGAACUACCCUGAAGUCAUCCGGCUCAUUGCCAACUUCACCGUCACCAGUCUGCAGCACUGGGAGUUUGCACCCAACAGCGUCCACUACCUGCUGAGUCUGUGGCAGCGUCUGGCAGCAUCUGUCCCCUACGUCAAAGCCACAGAACCACACCUGCUGGAGACAUACACACCUGAGGUCACCAAGGCAUACAUCACAUCACGCCUCGAGUCCGUCCAUGUUAUCCUCAGGGAUGGUCUGGAGGACCCUCUGGAUGACGCGGGUCUGGUGCAGCAGCAGCUGGACCAGCUGUCCACCAUCGGGAGGUGUGAGUAUGAGAAGACGUGUGCUCUUCUGGUCCAACUCUUUGACCAGGCAGCGCAGACCUACCAGGAGCUUCUGCAGUCCACCAACUCCAGCGCCGCUGACAUCACCGUGCAGGAGGGUCGCCUGACGUGGUUGGUUUACAUCAUCGGGGCUGUGAUCGGCGGCCGGGUGUCAUUCGCGAGUACCGACGAGCAGGAUGCCAUGGACGGCGAGUUGGUGUGUCGGGUUCUGCAGUUGAUGAACCUCACCGACUCCCGACUGGCGCAGGCGGGAAACGAGAGGCUGGAGCUGGCCAUGCUCAGCUUCUUUGAGCAGUUCAGGAAGAUCUACAUUGGCGACCAGGUGCAGAAAUCCUCCAAGCUUUAUCGUCGACUUUCGGAGGUUCUUGGCCUAAAUGACGAGACGAUGGUCCUGAGUGUCUUCAUUGGGAAAAUCAUCACAAACUUGAAGUACUGGGGCCAGUGUGAACCGAUCACCUCCAAAACCCUGCAGCUGCUCAACGACCUCUCCUUAGGGUACAGUAGUGUCAGGAAGUUGGUCAAGCUCAGCGCAGUCCAGUUCAUGCUCAACAAUCACACUAGCGAGCACUUCUCCUUCCUGGGGGUCAACAACCAGUCCAACCUGAGCGACAUGAGGUGUCGCACCACCUUCUACACGGCUCUGGGGCGCCUCCUCAUGGUGGAUCUGGGCGAGGAUGAGGAGCAGUUUGAGCAGUUCAUGCUUCCUCUGACGGUGGCCUUUGAAGCCGUGGCCCAGAUGUUGAGCACCAACACCUUCAACGAGCAGGAGGCCAAGAGAACAUUGGUGGGGUUGGUGCGAGACCUGCGCGGUAUCGCGUUCGCCUUCAACGCCAAGACCAGCUUCAUGAUGCUCUUUGACUGGAUAUAUCCGGCCUACAUGCCCAUCCUGCAGCGGGCUAUCGAGCUGUGGUACCACGACCCGGCAUGCACCACGCCCGUGCUCAAACUCAUGGCUGAACUGGUUCACAACAGAUCUCAGAGGCUCCAGUUUGACGUGUCGUCGCCCAAUGGCAUCCUGCUUUUCCGAGAGACCAGCAAGAUGAUCACGACCUACGGCAAUCGCAUCCUGACGCUGGGCGACGUGCCGAAGGACCAGGUGUACAGCGUGAAGCUCAAGGGGGUCAGCGUGUGUUUCGCCAUGCUGAAGGCCGUGCUCAGUGGAAAUUACGUCAACUUCGGGGUCUUCCGUCUCUACGGCGACGAUGCCCUGGACAACGCCUUACAGACCUUCAUCAAGCUGCUGCUGUCCAUCCCUCACAGCGACCUGCUGGACUAUCCCAAACUCAGCCAGUCCUUCUACUCCCUGCUGGAGGUUCUUACCCAGGACCACAUGAACUUUAUCGCCAGCCUGGAGCCUCACAUGGUCAUGUACAUCCUGUCGUCCAUCUCGGAGGGCCUCACAGCGCUGGACACGAUGGUGUGCACGGGCUGCUGCUCCAGUCUGGACCACAUCGUCACCUACCUGUUCAAGCAGCUGUCUCGCUCCACCAAGAAGCGUCCCACGCCGAUGGCGACGGACGACCGCUUCCUGCACAUCAUGCAGCAGCACCCUGAGAUGAUCCAGCAGAUGCUGUCCACAGUCCUGAACAUCAUCAUCUUUGAGGACUGCAGGAACCAGUGGUCCAUGUCCCGACCGCUCUUAGGCCUCAUCCUGCUCAAUGAGAAGUACUUUGCUGACCUGAGGAACAGCAUCGUCAACAGUCAGCCUCCAGAGAAGCAGCAGGCCAUGCACUUGUGUUUUGAGAACCUCAUGGAAGGGAUUGAAGGCAACCUCCUGACCAAGAACAGAGACAGGUUCACUCAGAACUUGUCGGUGUUCCGGCGGGAAGUCAAUGACAGCAUGAAGAACUCCACGUACGGCGUCAACAGCAACGACAUGAUGAGCUGACAUUCCAUGCGGACCAGUCUUACCCAGCAGCAGAUGGAGUACCGCCGCCCCGCCCCCACUCGGCCCCGUACGCCCCCUGCCCGUGGCCCCCCCGCCGCGGGCUCGUUGAUAAUAUUCAGCCAAUAAGCACCUGUGUCACAUUGCCCCACCCCCUCCUUUUUGAUAUGAGCAUAUAUAAAUAUAUACAGAUCUAUUUUAACGCCAGUCAGCUUCGGUUGCACGAGGAGGAUUGGGGAGGGAGGGGGGUCGCAUGUGGAAGCACGGGGGGUUGGGUGGGGUGGGGGGGUGAGGAUGAGUGUAGUAAUUUGCUUCUGCCUGCCUUGUAUAGAAAGACAGGAGUCAAGUGUACAUUUUCUUUACCAUUUUCAUCAUCUUUCUAUGGAUGCGUGAUCGAGCUUUUUACAGCGUAGGACGUAGUGCAAGUGGACGUGGACAGGACGCGCCCGACCUUCCCAAACCAAACGCUUCGGAGGACCUCACUCCCUGGACGCAGCAUGCGGCCCACUCCCCGUAGCUUUCAGCGGCACCGUCGACCAGCUCAGGUGUCGUCCUGUCGCACGGUAGCCUCUCGUCCGGGGCGCUCCUCCUAACCCACCCGGAAGAUCCCUCCGUGACGCUCAGCCUUCUCCAAGCGGCUCAGUGGAGCCGCGGAGCAGCUCCACUGACGCGUCAUCCCCAUCGGAGCGCCGCGUCCACCAAUUUGUUUACUUUGUGGAUUCCUCGGAUCGGGUUGUGGUCCUCUUUGGUGUGUGUUGUGGUGUGUGUGUGUGUGUGCGCGUGUGCGUGCGUGUGACGGCAACACUAGCGCCCCCUGGAGGAAGUCGGUCUAGUGGCAGGAAGGUCGUCGGGCGUUAGCGGCACGCGGUGCCUCCUGGUGGAUGUCUACUUCCUGGUUUGUGACUGAAUGUGUUUGGAAGUCUGCUCGUGUAGUGUCAGCAUUGUGACUGCAAAUAAACCUCAUCGUUUUUACUAGGACACGCCUCCUCUUUCUAGGACACGCCUCCUCAUAGUCUCGUUCACCCGAGCCGACCACGAAAUACACUAUUGAUAUUCACUGCAUUGAUAAGAAUGAAUAUUAUACGGAGUGACAGGUGAUGGGUGGAUCAGUAUGAUACAAGCUCUUCACACUCAAAAUUUAUCCUCAAAUCAAAAUAGAAACUUUAAAUAUCAUUUCAGGUCAUCUCAUGUCUGUAGAAAAGACUACAGAUCAGAACCAGAGCCAUGUGUGAAUUGUGAAUAAAGUUUUCAUUCUUAUAGUACUUCUUAACUUAUUUGAAUGGUGUUAUUUUACUUGUUUUCUUUUAUUGUUUACAAUAUCAUUUUCACAUAGUUUAUAUGAUUCUGUCCUGUUUUAUAUUAGUGUGGCUAUACCUCAAUACGCCGUACUUCAGGUUUUAAAAUAGUUAAAAUUCAUGUAUUCAAAUCAAUGUGUUUAAUCAAUAACUUGUCUUUAUGCUCUGAUAUGGAAUACGCUACAUUUUAAAAUGUACACGACACGAGGCGAAUUUGCACAAAGUAUCAGAUCGGUAGCGCCGAUACCAUCCUCCAUAGAACGUCACUAAUUUGCACAUAAUUCUAUUGCUGGGUUUCACAGGGCGUCACAUCCGGCUGUAGGCCCCGCCUCCGACUCUGUCGAACAGGCUGAGAUGGAAGUUGUUCAAAUAUGCAUUCAGAAAAACGCUCUUGCUAAGAUAGUCCAACCCAACAACGAAAAAGUUGAGGAAACGCAGAUAACCUACCGUUUUGGGUGCUUGCUAACCAACCGAGGCUCUCCUGGAGUGGAGCCGGGUAAACAGUACCAGGUUACAGUGAGCAACUAGAAGCACAAUUUACACUCAAUUCAUAGUUCACAAUGUUGGAAGAAGUGGAAAAGGUCAAAUGUAACCACCUGGAAGAAUGUCCAGCUAUGCUUAACGGAGGGCUUGGAAGUGAGGCUUGCUCGCCAGCUAGCUUGCUUCUAGCAGCCCGAAAGGAGUGCGUAAAAUCCGGCUAAAAAUUGGUUCCGGAGCUCAAACAGCGCAGCCAAACGACGAAGGACAUGUACAAGAAUGUAUUCAUGCACACUGACUGGGUGUAGAAGGCAAAGUGGCACCGUUACAAGCUAGCUUCCGCUGCUUUUCCAUCGUCUUGUUUUCAACUAUUUCAUGUCUUCGUGCACUCACGCGAUUGGAGCGAAUCAUUUCAGCCACACACACCGUUAUUCACUUUAGUUUAAAAAAAUAUUACAUAGACAUAUAGUGUGGGUGUGGGAGUAGUUUAUGCUUCCCCACCCGCCACCACUAUCACCUGGAGUGCCUCUAGGUCACGUGGUUGAAGCCAAGCAACUAUAGGUUGCGUUUUGUGAUCGCCAUCUUGGUACGUAUGGGAAGGAACGGGACUAAUUCCACUGAUCUGUACGAAAAAAAACUGGAUAGAUCAUACGUCGCACGCGCCCGUGCCAGCCGCUGAGCUGACGCUACAGCGCACGCGCGAGAGGCCAUCUUACCACUCACAUUUCGAACGUAGCAGACUACAUUGGCACAGCGUACAUAGUGUACAAAGCAGAUGAAGAGGCUAACAGAACAUCUAUAUUUGACAUUAAAAAGCGGGGAGAUUCUCCCAUUCCUUCAAGUAACGCAACCUUCGUCCCUUAAAAACCAUUUGAUACGUUAUUCUCUAUCUUUUGGUUAUAUUAAAUGUACUUUUCCCCUUCCAAUUCUCAUUGCCUUUGGGACAAAAUUGUACUGUGCACCCUGGCUCAGCACUCCCCUAUAGCAAUGAUAGUUUUACUCCUCUAGAAAGAGAUUUUCAUUUGAACUGCAUAUCCCAUCCCUUUUUUCCACUAAAAUCCAUGGUCAUCAUCCUUUACUUUUUGUUUUACUUUCAUACAAUUCACUAUGCUCUCGUCUGUACAAAAUAUGAAU